AUGCGCAACUGCACCACGCUGUCGACCAUCGAACUCAGCUACGAUCUUAGGCUUGUGUCGGCACGGUACCACCCCGACUCGGUCAGCUACAACAUCAUGCGCUUCCGGCUGGAUGUCCAAGAGCUAGACGACCAGAAUGUCGCGGCGAACGUGUCGACUGCGCUCGAGCAAGUGCCGAGCCUCGAACACUUGGAGCUCUUCAACGUUCGACGUGGGCCAGCGCUGACUGCGGUGCUUGAAGCGGCACCACUGCGCAGCCGGCUCGAGUAG